GCUUCUAUCGGUCACGUGACGACGAUAAUGGCGACCUAAGCGAUCUACUCGCGAAUUUCCUAGGAAAUUUUAGGAUAAUCGUUCUUAAUUACCGCUUGUCCUGUAAUGUGAAAGAGUUUUGGAGAUUAAUAAAAGGGAGAAAGUCAUGGCUUCGAAGGCUGUGAUAAACGACAGAGUUUCGCCUAGAAAUGAAGCGGACAUGAAGCCGCUUACAAAGAAAAAGUACGAAGAAGAAAUGCGACAGAUUAACAAACACAUCCAAGAGUUGGAAGAGACUCUAAAAUCGAACCAGAAAAUAGUAAGAGACACCAACGAAAGAUUAAGAGAUAUACGAAAUGAAAAGACAAGAAUUUCAAGCGAUCGAAAAGCGUAUCAAGAACGAAUAAACAAAUUGAACGACGACGCCUUAAAGAUAAGUACUAAAGUUGGCCAACUGCAGGAGAAUCUUCCCUACAAGAAUGAAUCCCAUAUAGACGAUACAGUUCGAAAUUUGGAGGGAAAAUUAAGAAUAUCCAGAUUUUCGUUAUCUGAAGAGAAAAGAAUUGUUGAGGAGAUAGAUAAGCUAAAGCGAUCGAAAAAGGUUUUAAUGGAAUUCAAAGCAGCUAAGGCCAGCAGAGACAAACUCCAAGCUGAAUCAAAAGAGAUGAAAAAAAAAAGGGAUGACUGUUACGCUGCAUAUGGGCAAUUGAAAAAAGAGGAGGAAACUCUGAAAGAAAACAUUAAAGAAAUAAACAAACAUGAAGAAGCUGACAAGAAAAAAUUAGAAUUAAGAAACGCUGAAAAACAAAAGUUAACUGAUGAAUUUCACAAGACUAGUAACUUAUGGAGAAAUAGUCAAAAGGAAGGCAACCAAAAGAAAAAAUUCAAUAGAAAAGAAGAAAAGAGAUGUAAAGAAUUUAAAAGAGAAAGAAAGGAAGCCCAACCAGCUCGUGUAGCAACUUUUGAUCCAAUCACACUAUGCGGAACUCUUAUUCAAUACUUGAACAGGCAAUUUAAGGCAUACGAACAUAGUCAAGGUAUAGCGCAAAGACCGUCUUCUGGGGCAAAUGGUUCUUCAUCCUGUAGUUUAAACGGUUCGUGCGGAUCGAAAACUCUUUCGGAGGAGUUGAGCUUUUUCAGGAAGAAGGACGAUUGCGAAGUGGACGACUUUUAUGCCGUUGCGCAAAAAGCUACUAUCAAGAAGAAAAAGAAUCACCUGAAAAAAAAUCAAUUGUUUAAGAUUUCACCCGAAAUGCUUGAACAAUUUGAACAAUUGAACUUACCACCGCCAGCAAAUGUUUGUGAUAUUCCACAAGUUCUAGAGAAACUUCACGAACAAAUGAAUACGAUUCAGAGAAUGGUUCUAUCGUCAUCAUUACAUGAUCAUAACCAGAAUCCCGACUCUGCCAGUGAAAGCGCCAUUAGUACUUCUGGUUUUACGACAUCAAUUCCAUCGACACCCGAAGGUAUGGAUGACAUCCCAAGGUAUCCGUCCCGUGAAACGCCAGAUUCUGGCUUGGAUGAAACUGACGGAAUACUCUCAAAAUGCUCUACACUGACGCCUGAAAAUGCUGAUGAAUAUUUACACGAAGCUAAAAAGCAGGAAGUAGCAUCAAACGAUAGCCAAUCGGAAUCAUCCUCUGAAACUGUUGUGGAAUCUUUACUCGAGGCCGUUGACGGAGUUUCCACUGAAACCCAGAAGUGA